AUGGCGAGGGGGUAUAAGAGGAGAGGGUGUGUUCUGCUGGGUUUUUGUGGGUGGGUUCAACAAGCAAAGAAAGGUGGAGGGUGUUUUGCACAAAAGAGGAAUGAGGGGAAGGGUGUUUGCGCACAGAGGGGAAGAAGGGUGGGGGUCUGUUGGGUUGUUGAGUCUUUGCGCAGAAGAGGAAUGGGGGGAAUACCCGACAAUGACAGUGGUUGUGGCUAUAGCGAACUCGGUGGUGGUGAUUGUGACUGUAGUGGUGGCUACAAUGAACUCAGUGGCUAUGACUUUGAUGGUGGUAAUAGAGACAGACAAAGAGACGUUUGA